AUGAUCGUCUCGGGCGUGCCCGUGAAAGGAUCCUCGUCUCAUUCCCUUCAACAAAUCCACUCAAAAGUCUUGAUCACUGUCAACGAGAAACACUCGAUCCUCCGUCUCGACAAUGUCAAGCUUACCAAUGGCCACAAGCAGCUCACCGAGCCACGCAUCAUCUCUGAGGUGUCGCUCGAGGAGUCGCAAUUGACCUCCGAGCAACGCGAGCAAAUCAAGCUUCCAAUCCGCUUCCGUUACCACCAAGGAAUCAUCUCUGAGAUCGUCUUCUCGGAGGAGGAAUCCGCCUGGUCGGAGAACAUCAAGCGCUCCAUUCUCAACAUGCUCCAAGUUCAAAUGAGCCCACGCAAGACCCAAGAGGAGUACAACACGAAGACCGUCUCCAACAACAAGUUCUUCACCGUCACCGAGCGCACCCUCGAGGGUGAGUGCGAGGUCGCCUACACGAUCGUCGAAUCGGAGAAGAACCGCGAGGAGAAAGAGAUCACCAAGUCGCUCAACUUCGAGAAAUGCCCCAAGCGUAUCGAUAUCCGCUAUGGACCCCGUUACUCUGCUGAGUGCUCCAUGUGUGAGGCCACCGAUGCUCGCCCCGAAUCUCAAACUGUCAUCAACUACAAGGUUCGCGGAGAGGAUGAGGAGCGUUUCCUUAUCACCGAGGUCGAGCUCAAGUCCGAGUACGUCUUCACCCCCUUCUCGAAGGAUCAAGAGAUGCUCGCCACCUACAAGGUCAUCUAUGAUCGCCGUCAACCACUCGUUGUCCGCCAAUCCGCCGUUGACGCUCUUCGCAUGCUCCGCGACCAGAUGCCCCGCAAGGAGGAACUCAUGGAGAAGAUUGUCCGCUCUGAUUCGUCGAUCUCUUCAUCCGAGAUGAUCCGCAAGAUCGCCAAGGGAUUCCGUUUCGAGGGAGUUCUCUCUGGAUACGUCUACGAGCACGUCCGCAUCGUCCCAACCACCCUUGGACUCCCACUCCAGGUCACCUCCAAGCUCCCAACCGUCGCCCACAUCAAGGCCCACAUCAAGGCCGAGAUCUCCCCGAAGAUGUCUCUCCGUGUCGAGAUGGAGCCCUCAUUCGUCUCCACCCAUGUCACCGAAAUGACCGUCUUCUCCCCCGAGAUGCACAUCGGAUCUCGUGUCUUCCACUCGAUCCAAUCAACUCUUCCAAUCCACGGACAAGUCGAGUACAACGAUGAGAAACAACAACUCAAGGCUGUCCUCCGUCUUCCCAAGGAGGAGAAACGUGUUCUCCUCGUCGAGUCUCGCCCAACCACUUUCGUCCGCUCAUUCAACAACAAGCAAGUGCCAGUUCUUGAGGAGAAGACCAUCCGUAUUCCAUCAUUCGAGAAGACCUCCGUCCACUACGAGCAAUCCUACGGAGAGGAGCACUUCGGUCUCCGCACUGAGGUCAUCGGAUCCGUCCACCGCCACGUCUUCGACAAGAAGUCCCCCGAGUCGAUCCUCUUCGGAGAGAACCACGUCCAGGUUGUCCUUGUCCCCCACCGCCGAGUCCGUGAAGGAGAUCGUCCUCGAGUGCUUGCUAAGGAUUGCUCUCAAGAGCCCGAGUACGCUGUGAUGAUGAAGAAAAUGGAGAAGGACUCUGAGGAGAAGAAGAUCAAGAUUGUGACUCAAGAGAAGGAAAUCGAGUGCGAGUUGAAACAAGAGAAGAUCGUUUGCCAGGUUGAUGGACGCCGUGUCGAGGACGAGGAGGCUCUCUACGAUAUGGGAAUCAAGCUUAUCGGAGAAUCAUCAUGCGAGAUCACCAUCCCAAAGAUGACCAUCCGUUUCGAUGGAUACAAGGUCGAGAUCCAAGGC